CAAAGACUAUACUGCGCUGUAUGAUAAUGUCACUUCUGUAUUUAUUCACGUUAUUAAGGUAUUAGUGAUCUUUAAAGCAUGGCAACAUUUGAUGUUUUUGCUGAACAGCUUCUUUUUAAUGAAUCUGCAAAUGUUCCUGACAUUACUGCAGUGGAGCUUUCGUAUUUAUUUUGUAUUUUUGGUGGCUCUUUGUCAGUUCUCAUAAUGUGUGGAAACCUGCUUGUAAUAAUCUCCAUUGUUUACUUCAAACAGCUCCACACUCCUACAAACUUUCUGAUGCUCUCUCUGGCUGUGGCUGACCUGCUAGUUGGACUUUUAGUUGUGCCUUUCAGCAUCAUUAUUAUUAUGAGUUCAUAUUGGCGUCUUAAUGAUUUCCUCUGUAUGGUACGGAGCAGCUUAGAUGUGUUACUGUGCAAUACCUCCAUUUGGAACGUGUGCUUCAUUUCUGUUGACAGAUAUUACGCAGUGUGUCAGCCUCUGAGAUACAGAAAUAGAAUAACUGUGCGUGUUGUUUUGAUUAUGAUCGUGGUGUCCUGGACAUUUGCCACUCUAAAUGGAAUUAUUUUCACAUUUCAGGCCCCUGAUAAAGGACAAAAUAUCAACAGGUGUGCUUUAUUUCAAAAAAAAAAUCAGAAUAUUGUAGUUGUGGGAGUUUUUAUUGCGUACGGCAUCCCAACUAUUUUGAUGUCUUUAAUCUACCUAAAGAUAUUGAUGGUGGCACAGAAACAGGCACGCAGCAUCCAGAGCAUGGCAAACUCUAAUGCAACUGUCAGUAAAAUGGAGAAAAAGGCGACUAAAACUCUGUCUAUUGUGGUGGGGAUUUUUCUCAUGAGCUGGAUGCCUUUCUUUCUCUGUAUGAGCUUCUAUCCUUUCAGCAAUUCUACAAUACAGGUUUAUGUAAUGCAGUCACUGAAGUGGCUUGGAUGGACAAAUUCAAUGUUCAAUCCAUUUAUUUAUGCUUUCUUUUACAGCUGGUUUCGAUCAGCUUUUAAGAUGAUCAUUACAGGGAAAAUAUUUACAGAUGAUGUUUCUAAUUCUAAACUCUCUUGAUUCAUUAUAUGAUUUACUCAACCUGUCCUCCAACUGCGAAGCUACUAG